AUGGACAUUACUCCUUACAACUUCAGUGAACCCAGGACCAGCCAUGGGUUUGGAAACCAAGACCCCAGAAAUUCACAACUGCGACUCGUCUUAGUGGGUAAGACUGGAGCAGGAAAAAGUGCCACUGGGAACAGCAUCCUUGGAAAGAAAGCAUUUGAGUCAAGUAUUGCAUCAAAAUCCAUCACCAAGGUCUGUAAGAAAGACAGCAGCACAUGGCAUGGGAGAGAAAUUGUCGUUGUGGACACACCUGGUAUUUUUGACACUGAGGAAUCGGAUGUUCACACACAAAGAGAGAUUGCUAAUUGCAUCUACCUGACCUCUCCUGGGCCUCAUGCUAUGAUCCUGGUGGUCCCGCUGGGCCGGUACACAAAGGAAGAACAAAAGGCUGUGGAGAAGAUGCUAUCAAUGUUUGGAUCCAAAGCUAGGAGAUACAUGAUUCUCUUAUUCACCCGGAAAGAUGACUUGGAUGGCAUGGAGUUCCAUGAUUACUUAAAAGAAGCUCCCCAAGGCAUUCAAGAUCUGAUAGAGCAGUUCAAGGAUCAUUACUGUGAGUUUAACAAUAAGGCGACAGGGGAUGAACAGGAGGCUCAGAGAACACAGCUGCUGGACCUGGUCCAGCGCAUAGUGAUGGAGAACCAGGGAGGAUUCUACACUAAUAAGAAAUAUGAAAGGGCUGAGGUGGAGAUUCAGAAACAGAUUCAAAUUAUACAAGAACAAUACAGAGCUGAGUUGGAAAAAUCGAAAAAGCAGUUAAGUGAGGAGUUUGAAGAAAAAAUUAGAAAGCUAGAGGAUAAACUGGAACAAGAAAAGACAAAGGCAGAAAUGGAGGGGAAAUUCAAAGAAAGAGAGAUUUACUAUUCCUCCAAGCAGCAAAAUGCUAGAUGUGAAAUUGACAGUAAAGUUACUAAUAUAAUUGACAUAAUCUUGAGGAUAUUGCAAGACACUUUCUAUAUUUACUCAUCUCUAUUCGAUGAUGAUUAA